GCCUACGAGUACGGUUGUGUAAGUGCGAACAAUUCACGUCACGAUUUUAGGAACGAAUUUAAAUUCGUAAAUUUUUUGAGAGUGUGUGUUCUGUGUUGUUCAAGUUUAAAGGUUAAACAGUUUGGAUUUGAGUAAAAUGUUCAACCCCCGAGGGGUUUGUGAAAAAUUGAACGAUAUUUGACCGGUGUCAUGAAUGCGGAAACAAGUUAAGGAUGUAGUUAGCUAUUAGUUAUAAUGAGUGAUAUCGAUAUUCUGUCGCGAGAACCGUAGUGAUGUGCUGGCGUCGACAAUGAUUGUGUCUCGUACGCAACUAGUGUUGUUCUGUGCGCUAUUACAUUAUCGAGUUGAGAGCCAACAGGAGGUGCUUAUUGAAGAAUCAUUGGAAGUGGAGUCUGUACAAGGUCCAACUGGGGGUCGUGUGGAGUUACCUUGUGACGUCAGCCCAGCGCUCGCCGCGGACCGUGUGGGUCUUGUCAUCUGGUAUAAACAGGGACAUGAAACACCUAUAUACUCGCUGGACGCUAGAGAAGGUAUUUCGUCACAGUGGUCGGAUCUGUCGACGCUGGGCAACCGAGCCACGUUCAGAACUAACACCACGCCUGCUGUGCUCAUGCUCACUAAAUUGAGGCCUGAAGACAGCGGCCAGUAUAGAUGUCGAGUGGACUUCAUAAAGUCGCCCACAAAGAACACCAGAUUGAAUCUUACAGUGCUUAUACCACCUGAUAGACUGAUAGUGCUGAACGAAAGCAAUGAUGAAGUUCACGGCAGUGUACUGGGACCUUACGACGAGGGGGCUGAAGUAAAUUUGACGUGUAUAGCGGUCGGAGGUCGUCCAAUAGCGAGGGUAUCGUGGUGGAAAUCGCACGCUCUUUUGGCUAAUUCUGAAUCCAGAGCGUCAGUCUCCUUCAGUUUGCAUAGACCUGACUUCGGUACGGAGAUUACAUGUCAGGCAGUGACGGAUCCCUCGAUACCGCCUUUAUCUCACAGACUAUCCAUCGACAUGAAUUUACCUCCACUCUCUGUGCGCAUACAAGGAGGGAAGCGACCCUUGGUUGCUGGUCAAACUUCAGAGUUGUCCUGCCAAGUGGUUGGGGCUAGACCCAAACCGGUAAUAACUUGGUGGAAGGGAGGCACUAAGUUAAACACAGUUAGAGAUACUACAUCAAUGGAUGGUAACAUUACUGUAAGCGUACUUACCUUUAUCCCGGCUAUCGAAGAUGCGGGCAGAGUAUUGUCUUGCAGAGCGACUCAGCCUGCAGUGUCGCAUACCACACGUGAGGAUGGCUGGAAGUUGGAGAUACAACAUUUACCAGUUGUUACUCUGAAGUUUGGAGCAAAUAUAGAUGCGAACAAAGUAAUCGAAGGAUCGGAUAUUUAUUUGGACUGUAGAGUUCGAGCUAAUCCGUGGUAUAGUAACGUACAUUUCACUCAUAACGGUUUAACAGUGAAGGCUGGACCAGGUGUGCUGCUGGCUAACCAAAGCUUAGUGCUGCAGCGUGUCUCGAGGCAGGCGGCCGGGGCUUACGUUUGCGCGGCCACUAACGCACUUGGGGAUGGAAUGAGUACACCCUUGUUGUUGGAUGUUAAGUACGCGCCGAGCUGCAAAUCAGACCAAACGAUCAAUAUACGAGCGGCGCGGGGGGAGGUGCUCGAGAUACAGUGCGAUGUCGACUCUAAUCCUAAAGUAUCGGUAAUAUAUCAAUGGUGGUUCAACAGUACUACACACAGUCGACGAGAAUUGAAAACUUCAUCACACGUACAGAAAGUAGGUACAUUUUCGUAUACAAUAAAUUCAUCGUCGGACUACGGUUGGUUGCAGUGCCUCGCAUCUAAUACAGUUGGAUCACAGACAACACCGUGCGUUUAUCACAUCUUACCUGCAGAGAGACCGAGUACAGUGAGGCAUUGCGAUGUUAAAAAUAUUACUUAUGACUCUCUAAUAAUAAACUGCGCACCCGGACAUGAUGGCGGAUUACGACAGACUUUUGUUUUGGAGGUGUUCGAUAAAGCAACGGGUGUACUUCUACGUAAUAUUAGUAAUGAGGAAUCAAGUUUCGAAGUACCAGGUUUGAGUUCUACUGAAGUAUCACUUGCUAUACGCUCAUACAAUGCCAAAGGUUCAAGUGAUGUGUUUACAUUGACGUGUAAUUUAUUACAGUACCCGGAACGGAGAACAGGUCAAGUUCCAGUGAAGGUUGAAUUAACGACUCUACUAAUAACAGUGUUGGGAGCGGUGGCAAUCGUAACAAUAAUGGCGACCGUCUCCGCAGCUGUCUGUUAUUGUAAAUACUGUAAUCACAGAGAAGAACAUGGCAAGAAAAAUAAAAGACCUCGCGAGGAAAGUUCAGAUGUUUUAUUGACAAGUGAAAAGAAAACUGAAAGUGCUGAUAGUUUGGAUAAAAAUCCUGACAUAAUUCCAUUAAAUACCAAAGUAAGUGACAGUUGUUCAAAUAAAUCAUCAGCCACAGAUUACAGUUCUGUCAGACCUUUAAUAUCUACUACCAACUUAGAAGAAUUCGAAGUACCAACCCGUUUUAGUGGCCAACAUACGAUGACCCAUUACCAAUUUGAACAUCCAUUAAAAUAUAGAGUACCCAACUUCCAACCAAAUUUGGCUCCAAUGCCAAACAUUGGAACAAAUGUUUAUAGACACCAUCACAAUGUAUACGAGGAUUGGUUGAGAUAUAAAAAUACGUUACCUUUAGAUAGUAGUCAUUUGUUACCACUGGAAAAAUUACGACCACCAGAAGAGUAUUUACCUCCACCUGUACUUAGUGAUCUGUACAGGAAUCCAUCCAUCCAUCCAUCUGUACAUGGAUAUCAUAUGGAAAACAGACAAAUGUCAAGUCAAACGAUAAACUCUGAAUCACCUUCAGUUAGAAUACAUUCAGAUAAUAAUAGUGCGUAUUAUAAUAAGUUUGGUACAACGAGUACAUUACCAAGAUUGAACGUGAUGUCACCCAAUUUGCCAAAGGAGAAAGUAGAAACAACAAAAUCAACAGAGACUGAAAUUGAUAGUCGAGAAAAUUAA